UUGAACACAAAAUAUAUUCGAAACGUUUAUACAAAAAGGUUUUUUUUUAUCGAUUAAUGUCAUGAAACGAAUAAAAGAUUUGACCACGACCACAAAUCACUUCUGUUUCUAUGAAAAAAUUACAAGAAAUUUUAAUUUUUUGAUAUUUACUAUUACUUUUUUUUAAUUUUUAGUAUAUUUUUGUGAUUCAAAAGUUACUUAGUUCAAACGUUCUCAUAUACCAAACAACAAACAGCUGACAACCCAAUGCCUAAUAAUCUUGAAAAAGUCCAAGUAAACAGCUGUCGACAAAAACCGAUAAACAAACGUUUUUUCCCCUUUGGAAAGUUAUAAAACUUUUUAGAGAGCAAUUGAACGAAUUUUGUUAAUUGUUAAGAGGUUAAGCAUUUUUCGUUUUAAAAUGUUAAAAAAUUGCUGGAGACUAAAAGGAGCAUUUUUAAAUUUGUGCCCAUCUAUCAAACGAAGACUAUUAAGUGUAGAACGGGGAGGACGUAAAGGCACGGCUUCUGAAACAACGCAUAAUCGAAACGUGAAAUCUACUUUGUACUACAUAACAGCAGGAGGUAUUUUAGUAGUAGGCUUGAGCUACGCAGCAGUGCCAUUGUAUAGGAUGUUUUGUCAGGCUUACAGCUACGGAGGUACGACCAGCUUAGGCCAUGAUUCCGACAAAGUAGAGACUAUGCAAAAGAUACCAGAUCGUAUUAUCAAAGUGCGUUUUAACGCUGAUUUGGCCGCUUCAAUGAGAUGGAACUUCAAGCCACAACAAUAUGAGAUAAAAGUAGCGCCAGGCGAGACUGCUUUGGCCUUUUAUACAGCCAAAAAUCCCACAGAUCGUCCAGUAGUAGGUAUAAGCACGUACAACGUAGUUCCCUUCGAGGCUGGUGCUUAUUUUAAUAAGAUACAAUGUUUUUGUUUCGAAGAACAGCAACUAAAUCCUCACGAAGAGGUUGAUAUGCCCGUAUUUUUUUACAUUGAUCCUGAAUACACUAAAGAUCCUAAAUUGGAGCAUGUUGAUACGAUAACAUUAUCAUAUACAUUCUUUGAAGCAAAGGAAGGUUUAAAAUUAAAUUUUCCUAAUUACAUUAAACCUCAUACUGCUUAAAUUUAGUUGCUGUUAUCGA